AUGGCUAUCAUACGACAAUUUGGACUACUGGUGUGGAAAAACUAUCUUCAGCAGAAACGUCAAAUCCUGGUGACUCUGGUGGAGAUACUCCUGCCUCUGCUCUUCUCCGGCAUCCUCAUCGUGCUACGUCAGAAGGUGCCUUUUAAGGACUACCCAAAUGCCACGGUCUAUGAGAGCUAUGCUGUCGACACGUUACCCAACAUAUUCUUUAAAAGCUUACAACUGGCCUAUGUACCCGGUAACUCCAGUGUGGUGCGUCAGGUAGCAGAAGAUGUGCGAAGCAGCCUGUCCCUCUCCUCAGUGCGUGGCUUUGAGACUGAGGAACACUUUGAGGACUAUGUGAGAAAUGACCCUCUGUCAGGAAAGCUGCUGGCUGCUGUGGUGUUUGACCACCCCUUCACCCAUGACGAUGAACCUCUACCCAUAAAGGUGAGCUACCACCUACGUUUCACCUUCACCCCACGCAGCGCCCCGAUGACGGAGAAGUCUGAGCUGAGCCCGAACAGUGACCUGGACUGGCAUACGUUGAGCCUCUUUCCCCUCUUUCAGCUGCCAGGGCCGAGGGAGCAGUACGAUAAAGAGGGCGGCACACCUGGUUAUUACCGUGAGGGGUUCCUGGCGGUACAGCACGCAGUGGACCGAGCCAUCAUGCGCUCCUACAACAGAACAGCUGCUUCCUCUCUGCUGCAAAAGAUCAGAGUGGUCCUGUCACGGUUUCCUUAUCCUGCUUUUAUAUAUGACGUCUUUAUCUUGGCCAUUCAGAACCAACUACCCUUACUACUGGUGCUCAGCUUUACCUACACCUCCCUCAACAUAGUACGAGCAGUGGUGCAGGAGAAGGAAAGGAAGCUCAAGGAGUACAUGAGGAUGAUGGGUCUCAGCAACUGGCUCCACUGGAGCGCCUGGUUUCUCAUGUUCUUCCUCUUCCUCUCCGUUUCAGUAUUUUUUGUCACUCUCCUGCUCUGUAUCCAGGUGAGCCCUUACGGAGCAGUGCUGUCCUACAGUGACCCCACGCUGGUCUUCGUCUUCCUGCUCGUCUUCACCGUGGCCACCAUCAACUUCAGCUUCAUGAUCAGUACCUUCUUCUCACGAGCAAAUGUGGCAGCAGCUGCGGGUGGCUUCAUCUAUUUCCUGAGCUACUUGCCGUAUUUGUUUCUGUGGCCACGCUACGACUUACUGAGCCAUGCCCAGAAGGUGUCAGCCUGCCUCAUCUCCAAUGUGGCCAUGGCCAUGGGAUCUCAGCUCAUAGGAAUGUUUGAAGGCAAAGGUACGGGAAUCCAGUGGGCAAACCUGUUUGACUCUGUGACAGUGGAUGAUGACUUCUCCAUGGCCCAGGUGUUGGGCUUGCUGCUUUUUGACUCUGUGCUCUAUGGGCUGGUGGCCUGGUACAUGGAGGCAGUUUUUCCUGGAGAAUACGGAGUGCCUCUACCAUCUUACUUCUUUAUACUGCCUUCAUAUUGGUGCAGCAGUCCUCGCAUGGCCUUGGUGAAUGAGAAGGAGGAAGAGGAAGAUGCAGAAAAGGCUCUGAAAGGUGAAUUUAUAGAGGAGGAACCAGCUGGACUAGUCUCCGGGAUCAAGAUUAAACACCUGGCUAAGGAAUUCAGACUGGGCAACAAGACACGUCAGGCUGUGCGGGAUCUUACGCUGAACAUGUUUGAGGGACAGAUCACUGUCCUUCUAGGUCAUAACGGUGCUGGGAAGACUACGACACUGUCCAUGCUGACAGGGCUGUUUCCUCCCACCAGUGGCAGGGCUUAUAUUAACGGUUACGACAUCUGCCAGGACAUGGCUCUGAUCCGGCGCAGUCUGGGACUCUGUCCCCAGCAUGACGUUCUGUUUGAUAACCUUACUGUCAGAGAACACCUGCUUUUCUACGCGCAGCUAAAAGGCUUCUCCAAAGACAAGAUUCCAGACGAGGUAGAUCGGAUCAUUCGUAUUCUGAACCUUGAGGACAAGCGACAGGCUCGCUCCAAGACACUUUCUGGUGGCAUGAAGAGAAAACUCUCUAUUGGCAUUGCCCUCAUCGGAGACUCCAAGGUGGUGAUGUUAGACGAGCCCACGUCAGGUAUGGACCCAUCAGCUAGACGCGCGACCUGGGAUCUUCUGCAAGGGGAGAAGCGCGGUCGCACCAUCCUGCUCACCACACACUUCAUGGAUGAGGCCGACCUGCUCGGCGACCGCAUCGCCAUCAUGGCAGGAGGAGAGCUGCAGUGCUGCGGGUCGCCACUCUUCCUUAAGAACAAAUAUGGUGCUGGCUACCACAUGGUGAUAGUAAAGGAUGCUCUUUGUAAUGUGUCCGAGAUCACCCGCCUUGUCCACAUGUAUGUUCCAAAUGCCACAAUGGAGAGCAGCGCUGGGGCCGAGCUUUCUUACAUCUUGCCCAAAGAAAGCACCAGCAGGUUUGAGCUGCUGUUUGCUGAGCUGGAGAUGAACAGAGAGGAGUUGGGGAUCGCCAGCUACGGAGCUUCAGUAACCACUAUGGAAGAGGUUUUCCUCAGAGUUGGAAAGUUGGUGGAUUCUAGUUUGGACAUCCAGGCAAUCCAGCUGCCAGCCCUGCAGUACCAACACGAGAGACGCUCCCAUGACUGGACCACAGAUGAUGCCAGCAGCAUCAGCGGCAUGACUGAUGUCACCGAUUUCACAGACAGUGGCACCCUCAUCUCAGAGGACUGCUCCAACAUCAAGCUUAACACCGGGGUCAGACUACACCUCCAGCAGUUCUAUGCUAUGUUCCUAAAGAGGGCGCUGUAUAGUUGGAGAAACUGGAAGGUGAUGGUGGCACAGUUCUUGGUCCCUUUGGUAUUCACAGUCGUGGCCUUAGUUGUGGCACGCACUUUUCCUAACCACCAAGACGCUCCCCAGUUGAAGCUGGCACUCAGCCGUUAUGGUUCCACCAGGGUCCCUGUAGCUCUGCAGUCUUUCCCAGGUCCCCUGGCCUCUGCCUGGGCAAAUACAUACAGCUCACAGCUCUCUGCUCAGCUUGGCCAGCUCAUCAACAUCACGGAUUUCACCAAUUACAUCCUGACCAAGGCAGAGGAAGAGGGCGGCAGCUUUAAUGAGCGCUGCGUGGUGGGUGCUGCUUUCCGUGGCAGCAGCAGCCACUAUGCAGAAGCGACAGCCUACUUCAACAAUGAGGGCUACCAUACACCUGCCACAGCCCUCAUGAUGGUGGACAAUGCUCUCUUCAAACUUCUAGCAGGCCCCAAUGCUUCCAUCCAGACGGGCAAUUACCCCAUGCCACGCAACCUGUCUGAGAUCGCCAGGAGCCAGCUGACCGAGGGAAAGACAGGGUUUGCCAUCGCCAUCAACCUGAUGUACGGUAUGGCCUCCCUGUCCAGCACCUUUGCCCUGCUGCUCGUAACAGAGUCCUCAAUCAAGUCUAAGCAUGUGCAGCAGGUCAGCGGUGUCUACCUGUCAAACUUCUGGUUUUCUGCUCUUCUGUGGGACCUGGUCAACUUCCUGCUGCCCUGUCUCCUCAUGCUGGUGGUAUUUCAGGCAUUCGGAGUCAAGGCCUUCGUAGACGACAACCACCUGGUAGAUGUGUUGUUGUUAUUGCUGCUGUAUGGCUGGGCUGUUGUGCCUCUUAUGUAUCUGCUCAGCUUCCUCUUCUCCUCUGCUGCUACCGCCUACACGCGCCUCACCAUCUUCAACAUGAUCUCUGGCACGGCCACCUUUCUGGCUGUCACCAUCAUGACCAUCCCAGAGUUGAAACUGCAGUCCCUAUCACACUUACUGGAUAAAGUGUUCCUGAUCUUCCCAAACUACUGCCUUGGCAUGUCCUUCAGUCAGUUCUACCAGAAUUAUGAAUUCAACUCAUUUUGCCCAUCCAGUGUAAUCAGCGAAGCAAUAUGCCAACAUUUAAACAUCACUUACCAGACAAACUACUUCUCCAUGUCGGAGCCUGGUGUGGGACGCUUCCUUGUGGCCUUCUCAGUGCAGGGUUUAGUCUUUAUUAUUCUUCUGUUUGUCAUCGAGCUGCAGUGUGUCCGCACUCUCCGCCGAUUCCUCACCUCCCUGGGUAGAAGACGCAAACAGUUGCCUCUAAUAGAGGAUGCAGCCCUGCAGCCAGAGGACAGGGAUGUGGCUGAAGAGAGGAAGAGAGUCCUGGAGUGCCAGCCAAUAGUAGAGUCUAUGGUUGGUAGCCCUCUCAUACUGCAGGAGCUCAGCAAGGUGUACAGCAGCGGGCAGAAUCUUUUGGCUGUGGACAGGCUGUCUCUAGCAGUAGGGAAAGGAGAGUGUUUCGGCCUCCUGGGCUUCAAUGGAGCAGGCAAGACCACAACCUUUAAGAUGCUGACAGGUGAUGAGAGUGUUACAUCCGGGGAUGCCUAUAUUGAUGGAUACAGCAUCUUGAGGGACAUUAAAAAGGUGCAGCAGCGCAUUGGUUACUGCCCUCAGUUUGAUGCCAUAUUGGACCACAUGACAGGAAGAGAAACUCUGAGUAUGUAUGCCAGGCUCAGAGGAAUACCAGAGAAGUAUGUGUCUGGCUGCGUGGAGAAUGUCCUGAGGUCGCUGCUGCUGGAGCCUCAUGCCGAUAAACUGAUCCGCAGCUACAGCGGUGGUAACAAGCGGAAGCUGAGUGCGGGCAUGGCUCUGAUUGGUGGGCCUCCAGUUAUCUUCCUGGAUGAGCCUUCAACUGGGAUGGACCCCGUGGCCAGGAGGCUGCUGUGGGAUGCUGUAACACGCACACGGGAGUCUGGAAAGGCCAUAAUCAUCACCUCUCAUAGUAUGGAGGAGUGUGAGGCCCUGUGUACCAGGCUGGCAGUGAUGGUUAAUGGUCAGUUCAAGUGCCUCGGGAGUCCCCAACAUCUGAAGAGCAAGUUUGGCAGUGGCUACACCCUGCUGGCUAAAGUUCACAUAGAGGCUGAGCUGGAAGACAGCGACCUGCAGCUAUUUAAAGACUUUAUCGAAAGUACCUUCCCAGGAAGUCAACUAAAGGAUGAGCACCAGGGAAUGGUCCACUAUCAUUUGACUGACAAAACACUUACCUGGGCUCAGGUGUU